AUGGGAACAAACAACAAGCUUGGAGGAUCUGAGACAAUAUAUCAGGAAAUGGUAGAAGAUAAAGUCAAGGCCAGUCAUAAACUUCCGGCUGGACCUAUGCACAAACUGAUAGCAGAGAAUACCAAGUCAAACAGUUUGGUCAUGAAGAAACCAAAUUUGGUGAUUCCUGCGCAUAUCAUAGCGGAAGCAAUAUCAUCUAUCCGCGACAUCGACCUGAGAUGGUCAGGUCCAAUCACGCAGAAAGAAAUGGAAUAUGUAGAACAAUAUGUCCUAGCAAAGUAUCCAGAAUAUGCGAAUUUAAUUGAAGGUGAUGGAAGUGGAAUAGACAUGUCAAGUUUCAUUAUCAAUGAGGAGCCUUCAGAAUUACCAAUGUCAGAUGCUCUAAGAAAAUCACCACGGUCGCCUUCUUUCGGAAGCAACCUACCUGAAAUGGAUGGAACACAGCUGGAACCAUCAAGACUACUUGAUGUUAUCAACAAGAAAUCCUCCUUUCCUGGAAGUUUCAUCUCGAUCCCGGAAAUUCAAGCUCAAAAUAAGGUUUUGAAGCAUUGCGGUUUACCGGACGACGAAUACUUGGUUCUUUUUACUCCGAGUUACAAAGAUGCUAUGAUGUUGGUUGGAGAAAGUUACCCUUUUGUUAAAGGAAACUACUACAUGACUAUUCUUGGUGAAGAACAAGAAGAUUAUAUAAAAGAAUUUGCUUCUUUUAAGGAGUCUAGGGUUCUCAUAGCACCAAAGACAUGGCUUGAUUUGAGGAUUAGAGGUUCUCAGUUAAGUCAAAAUUUUAGGAGGAAAUGUAAGAUUAGUCCAAAAGGGCUAUUUGCUUAUGUAGCUGAUGUGAAUGGAACAAUGCAUUGGGUUUCUGAGGCUCAUAGGAACUAUUGGCAUGUUUUGCUUGAUGCGUCUGAAUUGGUUGUGGGAAAAGAUAGGUUACAUGUUGGACUUCAUAGGCCUGAUUUCUUAGUAUGCUCUCUUGAUAACACAAAUUCCAAUCCUUCAAAAAUCACUUGUCUUUUGGUUAGAAAGAAAAGUUUUGACACCUCCAAUACUUCAUCUUAG